AUGGCGAACUUUGAGUGCGACGGACGGCAGCAGUAUGCCCCUCCUUGUGGCGGUGGUGUAGGCUUACAUGAUGAGGUAUUGGCGACAACAAACAAAUUUAGCGGAACUCGUGACAAUUUCAAGUCAUUAAUUCCCAAGCAGUGGGUACAUGGGGAUGUGUUGGAUUUGGUUGCUACUAUGCUAACCAUGCAGGAAAAAGAAAUGGGAUGUCAAACAAACUGGUAUUUGCCAGCUGUAUUUUCGUUGGUACUAGAUUUUUUACCUGUCAACGAGAACAACAGACAUUGGUAUUUGGUUGUUUUUGAUUUGUGCAAUCAUCAAAUAAUUCUGCUAGACUCCCUACCGAUUGCUACAAAUAAAGAGCAGAAGAGAUCGAGUAUAGUAAAGCUGGCAAAAUAUCUGGAAGAUAUGCUCAAGUAUGACUCGUUCUAUAAAUACAACACUCCGUUCAGGCCAAGGAUACUUGAUUUUGCAUUUGUGGAUAUGCUAGAAACAGGAGAACAAGCUUCUGGCUCGUUAACCAUGCCCCUCUCUCCCUACUCCCUAGGUCUCACAGCCUCGCUCUCUGCAACUCCCAUCGCCGGUGAGAGACCUCCUCCCACCACCUCGCAGCCACCGCCACCUUCCUCCCAGCGCAGCCAUUCCACUGCUCCGACCCAGGACCUCCUCGCGGACAGAGCAGCCCAGCACUGCAGCACACAACCAGCGCCCAGCGCCCAGCAGGUUGGCACCACGCUUGCAAGUCGCACCCACCACCACCCUCGGUCCCUCGCAACUCGCAAAUCGCACCUAGCAGGCCAGGACCACCCAGGACCACUCGAUAGCCUAUUGCAAAACGCAGAGAAGACAGAAGAGAACUCGAACGCAGCUUGGAGGAAGCACCGAAGCAGCCAUCUCUCGUCGCCGUUCCUCAACGCCCAGCCACCGUCGCUGGCCUCGCCUUCUGCCUCCGUCGUGCAGCCACUGUCUCGACGGUGCCACUUCUGUUCCAUCGCGUCAGCCCUUCGACUUUAUAAAUGGCAGCGAACGGGAGUAGUGUUUCCAAAGCGUUCUUUAGAUGCGUCUCCAAUAUUUACUCCACCUCCUACCCAUCAAGCUUCAGGAAGUAUGCAUGCUGGAUAUGGGAUGCCAAGCGGUUCUUCAAAAACACUUGACAAAACAAUGGCAACAGAGAUAGAAACUUUGAGUUUGUCAAGCUUGGAAUCCAUGCGCCAUGUUAUGGACCUGUUGAGUGACAUGCUUCAAGCUGUGAAUCCUAGUGACUGUACGGCUGUAAAAGACGAAGUAAUUGUUGAUCUUGUUGAUCGCUGUCGCACCAACCAGAAAAAUUGAUGCAGAUGCUAACAACAACUGGGGAUGAGGAGCUUCUUGGACGAGGCCUUGAACUAAAUGAUAGUAUUCAGAGUUUGCUUGCAAAACAUGAUGCAAUUGCUACAGGGAAUCCCCUUCCAAUUCAACGUGCAGGUUCCAGCACUCCACCAGGUGAAGUUCUGCCAGAUGAAGCUAACUCAAAUUUCAAUCAAACUGAUGUGCGGAGCCCCAGCCAUCAGACUGACAUGAAGAGCCCCAGCCGCAGUCCCGUAGAGUCUAUUUCAAUGAUUGUACUCUGAACACUCCACAAGCUCUAAGGUUCAAUCACAAAAAGGGGCUGCAAGGGAACAAAAAUAAAUCAAAACAAUGAUGAUGGACAAGUUAAUCUGUUACUUUGAAAAUUUUUUACAUUCUCGGAUCAAUGUAUCUGAAUAUAACUAGGAUCUGGAUAUGGUGAUAGAAGGAUGUAUCAAAUUUUCACUGCGAGAUUAAGGGGAACAAAAGAAGUAUUUAGUUGAAGACCUAGAAUGUACUUACCAUGUCAACACUAACAGGCUUGCCAUCUUCUGCAAGGAUUUCGACUAUAGUUCCUGAUUGAUCAGCCUGUAUAUACACACACAAGACACAAAUUUGUAGUUCAAGAUGGAAAGAAAAUCUGAAGAACUGUGAAGUGAAGAUAAUGCUACAACUUAUGCAUCUCCCAUUGCUUUUUAAAUUUGCAUCCCAUAGUUACUAACCAAGAAAAUCAAGUUGGUUUACUGGUUCACUAUGCAAU